CACAAAAAGGGCCCCGCUGGUUCAAGUGAGGAUAGGGACCGUCCUGAGCUGAACUCAACGUUACAAAUAGGAGCUGCGCUAUUCCAAGUGGAGCAGAGUGGAGGUGCGGCACACCGAUGAUAAUAUUAAGUAACGUUAACAGCGCUGAGUGGAACUGCGGUGUUAAAGCAGAGAGGGAGACAGAUAAAAGCGCUUCUUCCUGAACCGGACAAGGAGACGUUUGGAAGAGGCGGAGGACUCAUGCGCAUCGGAGCAGAAAACUGAUCAAUCUUCAGAGGUGGCACUGUUGCUGUAUCCUGAGAGUACAGCGAGCACUCAGCACCACACAGCGGUUCUCUCCACUCUUAGCAGCCAGGAAAGAGUCACUUGACCCCUGACAGGCGUGAUGUUUGACGAGGAGUCUCAACAGAUGAGGGGGCAGCAGGAGGUGGCUGUGCUCCAGGCUCUGGAGUCCCCUGCAGCACUGACUCCAAGUGGAGGCGGAGGAGGAGGAGGAGAGGCAGGGUCUAUGUCCUUCACAGACGAAGCGGUGUCCAUCCUGACCUCCAGCAGCCUGUUGGCGCGCUCCCUGCUGGGUCGCACCUCUGCCGUCAAACGCAAAGAGAGUCCUUCUUCCAGCAUCCGGCGCAAGCGCGAGUUCAUCCCGGUUGACAAGAAGGAUGAGGGCUACUGGGACAAGAGGAGGAAGAACAACGAGGCAGCCAAGCGCUCGCGAGAGAAGCGGCGUGUGAACGAUAUGGUCCUGGAGAGCCGCGUUCUGGCUCUGCUGGAGGAAAACGCUCGCCUCAGGGCAGAGCUGCUGGCCCUCAAGUUCCGCUUUGGCCUGGUCAAAGACCCCUCCAACACCCCUAUCCUACCCCUCACUACAGCUCCUCACCACAGCGCUCAAACCUUGACUCCUCACUAUUACCUCCACAGAGGGGACGGAGGCGUCCACAGUUCCUCAGCCUCACAUCCGAACAACCAGACGGGCCAGUUGAGCACCAGGGGCUCCAGGGAUGCUGGUAACAUGUCAGAGGACUCCGGGUUCUCUACGCCAGGGGGGUCUAGCGUGGGUAGCCCGAUCUUCUUUGAAGACCGGCUGAGCGACCAUGGGAAAUUAUCACCACACAGAGCAGAGGAGCUGGGCUAUGACCUCCACCACUCACCUGCUGAUGUCCACCACACUGUAGGACUCAGCGCAGAGAGGUUGGACCAAGCCGAGGCAAUGAAAAACCUUCCCCACAAGCUACGUUUCAAGACGCCCGGCAGCGGAGAUGUGGGCGACACUGCAGGGGAUAGCGCCAGACGCAGCCCUGCGCUAUCCACAGCAGGUCCAAGAGAGGCCCCUAAAGGACUGAGUGGAGGUGAAACGGGAGGGUACUGUACCGGCUCCUGGCUCCAGCAGCUGGAGGGGGAGGAAGGCAGGAGGGGGAGACAAUCCCCCCAAUAUAACGCUGCCGGAUGCAACCUCCAGCCUCCUCUGACGCAAGGACAAACAGAGGUCCAGUAUAAGCACGAGAACACUCACCUGAAGUCUCAGCUCAACUCUCUGAGUGAGGAGGUCGCGCAGCUGAAGAAGCUUUUUACAGAACAGCUCAUGGCCAAAGUCAACUGAGGACCAGAGCUGUGAGUCAGCCAGUGUUUGCCAACGUCUAGACUUUUAAGGACAGAGUUUUGCUGUGAGCGAGCUUAGAAACUCUGAUAAAACCUAACUCUCAAGUCUAACAAACUAAUGUGUUGUUUUUAUUUUAAAUACUGUACUAUAUUGUAAUAAAUGUCUAUAAACAUUCAUCUCAUAACCUGCUGUUUAAAAACUACUUAAACUCAGCUCCAGUCAGUGUUGCUCAGACAGGGAGUCCUAUCUGUAAUUUAAGUGUGCACUAGUUCCUCUACUCCAUACACUGUGACAACUAAAAACCACACAACAUAAAACUGUUUACGUGACAUCAUUACACAAUUCAAGAUCGAAUUAAUGGCCUCACAUUACUAAGAGAGAACAGGUUCUGGAGCCACAUUUAAUUCAAUUGGAAGUCAGCCAGCAGGUUUUUUAAGGCACCAUGACGGAGGAAGUGUUUGCAGUUUUGUUGUUAGAGGGGUUGUGACUUGCUGCACAAGUUUCCCACCACUGAGACAGGUCUGCUAGAACACGUAAACACAAGCAGAGACAGACAGUAAAUACACCCAGAAAUAAAACGAUUGGCUGUCCAAACCUCCAUUGGUCUUGAAGGCUAAAAAGAAGGGUUUGUUCUGAAUCUGUUUUCACACGUAAAAAUGUGUUGGGCUUGUUUAUCAUAACUUGUUAUGUGUCACACUGUCAAGGACGUCCUUUUAAACACUGUAACAUGUACUGUUUUGGUGUUUCACAUCUCAUGCCUGGUUUGAAUAUGUUUUAUUACUGUCAUGUUAUCUGUACUGAGGUGAUGACAAGAAUUCUGCUGUCUUUCUGUACAUUUUCUUAUUAAAAAUAAAUUUGACAGAUUCAACAUCA